AGUGCAGUGGGGGCCUCGGCGCGAGCGCUGGGCAGCGGCAAGACCGCUUCCGCGACGGGCUCAGGUAGGGCGGGCGGCGGUGGCGAUGGGUCGGGGCCGGUCGUCUGCUGACGGGAUUUGGGAGCCGGGCUCGGCGGAGCCGCUACCGUGGCCGUGUUCCGCGGGGAUGAGUUGUUUCUGCUGCUGAGAUCUUUAAUGAGGGCUGACAAGACACAAGAUGUUUGGCACGCCUGGUAGUUACGUAACUUGUUCCAGCCAUGUCAUAAAUCUUAACUCUUGAUUGAAGACAGAACACUCAUGAACAUUCAUUGAAAUCAGAGAAGUUGGCACAGUUGAGGAAAAAAUGACUUUUUCAUGAGCUUCUACAGAAUAUGCAAAAGAGCUAAGUGAGAUCUUCAAUGCUUUUGUCUAUGAAAGCUCUUAGAGAAGAUGGCUGAAAUAAGCCUGAAGGAAGUGGCUCUAAUAGUUGGUGUGGUGGCAGCCUGCUACUGGAACAGUCUCUUUUGUGGCUUUGUUUUUGAUGAUGUUUCAGCAAUCUUGGACAACAAAGAUUUGCACCCUUCUACUCCAUUAAAAAAUCUGUUUCAGAAUGACUUCUGGGGGACUCCAAUGUCUGAGGAGCGGAGUCAUAAAUCUUACCGACCCCUCACAGUUCUCACAUUUCGUUUGAACUACUUGUUCAGCGAGUUAAAUGCAGUUUCUUACCACUUCCUAAAUCUCAUCUUUCACGGGGUGGUUUGUGUAGUCUUCCUCAAGGUCUGUAAGCUUUUCUUGGACAACCAGAGCAGCAUAGUUGCAUCCCUGCUCUUUGCAGUGCACCCAAUACAUACUGAAGCGGUAACUGGAGUUGUGGGCAGAGCAGAGCUUUUAUCAUCUAUCUUUUUUCUAGCUGCAUUUUUAUCAUACACUAAAUCUAAAGGACCAGAUAAUACCAUAGUGUGGACUCCCAUUGCAUUGACUGUGUUUCUGGUAGCUGUUGCAACACUGUGUAAAGAACAAGGAAUUACAGUGGUGGGGAUAUGCUGUGUCUAUGAAGUAUUUAUUGCUCAAGGGUAUACCUUGCCAGUUCUGUGGGAUACAGCUGUUCAGAUUCUUCGAGGGAAGGGCAGUGUUCCUUUCUCCAUGCUCCAAACACUGUUAAAGCUCAUAGUCCUAAUGUUUAGUACACUGCUUCUUGUUGUCGUCAGGGUCCAGGUUAUCCAGUCUCAACUUCCAGUGUUUACAAGGUUUGAUAACCCAGCUGCUGUAAGUCCAUCUCCAGCAAGGCAGCUGACUUUCAACUACCUCCUCCCUGUAAAUGCUUGGCUUCUUCUCAACCCCUCAGAAUUAUGCUGUGACUGGACAAUGGGAACUAUCCCACUUGUGGAGUCUUUGUUAGAUGUCAGAAAUAUUGCCACCCUUACAUUCUUUUGCUUUCUGGGAUCUUUGAUUGUCUUCAGUCUCCGAUAUCCUGGGGAUUCCUCCAAGACUGUACUGAUGGCACUCUGCUUAAUAGUGCUGCCAUUCAUUCCUGCAUCAAACCUCUUUUUUCCCGUUGGAUUUGUGGUAGCAGAACGAGUGUUAUAUGUUCCUAGCAUGGGAUUCUGCAUUUUAGUAGCACAUGGAUGGAAGAAAUUAUCAAAUAAAAGCAUGCUAAGAAAAAUUUCUUGGGUUUGUUUGGCUGUGGUACUGUUCACACACGCCUUGAAAACACUGCACAGAAACUGGGAUUGGGAAUCAGAGUACACAUUGUUUAUGUCAGCUUUAAAGGUAAAUAAGAACAAUGCAAAGCUAUGGAACAAUGUGGGACAUGCAUUAGAAAAUGACAAGAAUUUUGAAAGAGCUUUGCAGUUCUUCAUUCAAGCCACACAGGUGCAGCCAGAUGACAUUGGUGCUCACAUGAAUGUUGGAAGAACUUACAAAAACUUAAACAAAACUAAAGAAGCUGAGAAAUCAUAUAUGAUUGCUAAAUCAUUGAUGCCACAGAUUAUCCCAGGUAAAAAAUACGCAGCAAGAGUUGCUCCUAACCACCUGAAUGUUUAUAUCAAUCUUGCAAACUUAAUUCGAGCAAAUGAAUCUCGCCUCGAAGAAGCAGAUCAAUUGUAUCGGCAAGCAAUAAGUAUGAGGCCAGAUUUCAAGCAAGCUUACAUCAGCAGGGGAGAAUUACUUUUAAAAAUGAACAAGCCUCUGAAAGCUAAGGAAGCUUACCUUAGGGCUCUAGAACUAGACAGAACCAAUGCAGACCUGUGGUACAACUUGGCAAUUGUUUACAUUGAACUGAAAGAUCCAACAGAAGCCCUGAAGAAUUUUAACCAAGCACUAGAACUCAACCCAAUGCAUAAGCUGGCGUUGUUCAACUCAGCCCUGCUAAUGCAGGAAUCUGGCAAUGCUCAGCUUAGACCUGAGGCUAAACAAAGACUGUUAAAUUAUGUGAAAGAAGAACCACAGGAUGCAAAUGGUUACUUCAAUUUGGGUAUGCUGGCAAUGGAUGACAAAAAAGAUACAGAAGCAGAGGCAUGGAUGAAGAAAGCCAUAAAGUUACAGCCAAACUUUCGAAGUGCUUUGUUCAAUUUGGCACUGCUUUAUUCUCAGACAGCAAAAGAAUUGAUGGCUCUGCCCAUCCUGGAAGAUUUACUGAAAUACUACCCUGAUCAUACCAAAGGUCUAAUUUUGAAAGGAGAUAUCCUUAUGAACCAAAAGAAGGAUAUAGUUGGAGCAAAAAAGUGUUUUGAAAAAAUUUUGGAACUGGAUCCCAACAAUGUGCAAGGGAAACAUAAUCUUUGUGUAGUUUACUUUGAAGAACGAGACUUAAUAAAAGCAGAAAAAUGUUUGGUGGAAACUCUAGCACUGGCACCUCACGAAGAGUAUAUUCAGCGUCACCUAAACAUAGUUAGAAGUAAAAUUGCAUCACUUAGUGCUCCGGAGCAGUCAUCAGUUCCAGCAGGUGAUACUGCCAGUGCUGCUGCAGAAGAAAAAAAAAAAUCAUUUCAGAAUUCGAAAGAAGUGAAAAAUGAGCAGAAACCUUCCCAGACAACAGCUGGUAACAAUAAAGGGCAUUCAAAAAAUAAGAAACAAGCAGAGAAAAACAGUAUGGAAAAAAAAGAUACUCCCAGAAAAUCUACAAAAGAAAUCAAAGAUAUUGAGAAAAAGAGAGUUGCUGCUUUGAAAAGACUAGAAGAGAUUGAACGUAUAUUAAAUGGUGAAUAGCCUUUAUUAUGUCACAGUAGAGUACAGGGGUGUACUAUUUUUAAUUGUUGUUUAAUAUAUGAACCAACUGGAAGGUGAUUUCAGUAUUUUGCAAAUAGAACAAAAUGUUGACUGUCUAUCACUUACCAAGAAGCAGAACUCACUGUAAUGUUUUAUGCAACAAAACUACAACUUUUAAAUAUGAGGGGGAUGGAUGGGGAUGGAAGGAUAAUGGGCUGAGAGCAAUUUUAAAUGCAGAAUCUUAAAAUUGAGAAAGUGACUCUCAAAAGUGAUUUGUAAGUCAGGGAUAUUCAGGAAUGCUACUUUAAAAGAGUCAGCAAAAGAACUGAGUGGAGGACUAAUGGGAUAAGCCAGGCACUGCUGCCAUAAAAAUCUGUUUGUAUUAACAAUUUCUACAUUUCCGUUUGCACAUCAGCAGUUUAAAUCUUUCUGUACCUUUGCUCCACAUAGAAAAGCAUUUUUCUAUGUGUUAUUUGUUUCCAGAGCUUAGCAAAAAGUCAGUAAAAUGCCACUGGUUGUAGUAUGUAUCCAUUAGACCAUAGGACAAUGCAGCAGCAACACUAAAAUUUUCAAUUGUGUUCUAAAUAUGGAAUGAUACAAUAAUUGUAUUUGUUCUCUACUUACUGCAAAGUUUUGUGCAGUUUUACUUGAUAACUCCUAUGGUGCUCUUGAGAUCUUUAGAGUCUACUUUUAAAGAAAAUGUGUGUUUUUUCUUCAACUAUCAAACAUCUGUUUGUUUGGGGUUUGUUUGUUUUUUUUGUUUUUUUUUUAAUAUAUAUACAUGUACACACACCAAAAAAAAGUGGGGUUUUUUUGGUUGGUUGGUUUUUUUUGUUGUUGUUUUUUUUUUUUUUUUUUUUUUGGGUUUUUUUUUUCCCUAUAUUCAUUGAAUACUGACAAAUGCACUUUUGGUACAGUAAGCAGUAUGCUAUGCAGUAGUUCUUGUGAACUGUGUUUCAAUGACUGUGGAUUGACUCCUUGGUGUAGGAAAUUCUUCUUUGUUUAGUAUAAUGGAUUUACUGUUCAUUGGACAGAACUUUUAGUCUCAUGACUUUUUGUGACACUAACUUAAGCAAUGAUUGCUUAGAGCAAUUUGAUAAUAUUUAAACCACUGAAUUUAGCAAUGUUUAAUGCAAGGAAAUUUGGAUAAGGUACUUCCAAAUACUAAGAUUUUCAUUUUGAUAAUUUGUCAUGAAUGUGUGCUUUUUAUUAAAUAUUUAUUUUGACUACUAAAAUAAUCCCAUUUACAUUUUGCCACUAAUACACCAUUUUUAUUUCCUACAUGACAUUAAUUUUUGUAAUUUCAGUGUUCCUUUUAUCUUUGUGCAAUGCAUAUAUUUUUUGUUCGUAUAUAUUAUCGAUUACCAAAACCUGACGCUUUAUGUAACUGUUGAGAAAGGAAAAGAGGAGAUGGGUUCAGUAAUAAUUUAAUCAUUAAAUCUAACUUUACUCUUCA